AUGAAGGAAUUUUUGCCUUACCACUUCAUUCAUUCACAUUGUAUAUUACCUAUCGAACUUGUUAAUGAGAAACUUAUACUAGCUUCUGGUAAAUAUCACAUGGUAUCUAAGGAUAAGGAUUUCAGGAAAAAAGGCCUCUUAAGUGAUAAUACUGUAGGAGGUGAAUCGGAACUUUUGCUUGACCUAGGAUUAAUAGAUAAUGAUUCUCUUGCAAGCGGGAAAUCAGGAACUGAAUCAGAGUCUGAAGGAAGAUAUAAAACAGAUAAUAGUAUAGUCGUAGGGUUAUUGAAAGAUAGGGUGUUAACUCAGGUUAUUAUUAAUAAACUGAGAGCAUCUUUUACAAAAGAUAUUCCGCAACCUAUUAAUGAGGAUGCUAGUUUAUACUAUGCUAUUGCAUCAGAAGAAACUAUUAUUCCUGACCUCUCACCCAAAAUAGAAUAUAAUCAGACAAAAUCUGAAGAAUCAGAAAUUCAAUACUCUGCAUCACCCUCUGCAAACUCUUUACUGGAAGAUGAUACAUCUAAACAAAUGCUAGAAGACACAUCUGAUAAAUCUGAUAUCACUUCAAAUUCUAACGUAUAUUAG